UCCUCCCACACAGCCAUGUUCAUCUACAAGUGGCCUGCAGACAAGGAGAAUGACACUGGGGUGGUCAGCGAGCACAGCAUGUGCGAUGUGGAGGGUCCUGGCAUAUCCAGCUACAGCUCCAACCCUCCGGCUGCCGGGACAAGCUUGGUGCCCUGCCUGAACCAGGCUCUGAGAGAUGUGCCCAAGGAGAAGCAUGCAGGCACCCCACUCUACCUGGGUGCCACAGCUGGCAUGCGCCUGCUCAACAUCACAAAUGUGCAGGCUUCAGAUGCCGUCCUCAGCGCCGUGGCAGCCAUGCUGAAGUCGUACCCCUUCGAUUUCCGGGGGGCAAAGAUCCUGUCGGGGGAAGAGGAAGGGGUCUUUGGCUGGGUGACUGCAAACUACCUCCUGGAGAACUUCAUCAAGCGUGGGUGGCUCGGGGAAUGGAUCCAGCCCCAGAAGAAGACCCUGGGGGCCAUGGACUUCGGAGGUGCUUCCACACAGAUCACCUUUGAAACCAGGGACACCAUUGAAGACCCCAGAAACGAGGUGAUGCUGAAGCUGUACGGCCAGGUGUACAAAGUGUACACCCACAGCUUCCUCUGCUAUGGAAGGGACCAGGUCCUCAAGAGGCUGCUCUCAAGGCUCCUCCAGGCUGCGAGCUACCAAGCAACCAUCACCCAUCCCUGCUGGCCCACAGGCUACCACAAGAGCCUGUCACUGAGCAGUGUCUACGACAGCCCCUGCACAGAGAAGGAGAGGCCAAGCCUUGCCCUCAACACCACUGUCACCGUGGUUGGCACCGGGAAUGGGAGCCUCUGCGCUCUGCAUGUCAGCAAGCUCUUCGACUUCACCACCUGCUCCUUUUCCCGCUGCUCCUUUGAUGGCAUUUUCCAGCCAGAGGUUUCAGGAAACUUCAUCGCCUUCUCUGCCUUCUUCUACACGGUAGACUUCAUCCAGGCAGUGAUGGGGACACCCGUGCACUUGCCCAGCGACCUGAAGGAUGCUGCUGAGACCGUAUGUGCCACCAGCUGGAGCGAGCUGCUCCAGAAAGCCCCCAAGCUGGAGAAGAGGCUGCCGGAUUACUGUGCUGUCAGCACGUUUGUUUAUUUGCUCACCACCAAAGGCUAUAACUUCAACAACCAUUCCUUCCCCAACAUUGCCUUCCAGAAGAAGGCAGGAGAAACCUCCAUUGGCUGGGCCUUGGGCUACAUGCUGAACCUCACCAACAUGAUCCCAGCAGAGAAGCCCUCUUCCCAUAAAAGCAUGCUGUACAACUACUGGGUCAUCCUCAUCUUGCUCUUUGUGGUCACCACCCUGACGUCUCUGGUGACUGCCAUCUGCCUGCUCCGGCACAGCAAGUCCCUCACAAUCUAACAGCAGGGACAGGGUGGGCCUUGUCUGCAGGAACCAGCACCAUCCUUCCUGCUGGAGUCUCCAUGGCCUGAACACGUGGGAUGCGGCAAGUGCUCAGAGAUGUCCACCUAUGAUACCCAACGCUGUCUGUCCCAGAAGGAAAGCUGUGCCUUUUUGCCCUCCCCUUGCUUUCAAGCUGCAGAAAGGGGGGACAGAAGAGGACCACUGGCCCUGUAGAAGAAUAGCUUAAGGGUUUCCCAGUGCUACUUGGGGACGGACCCCAGAGCAGGCUCAGGAUUUGGAUGUCCAGACCUGGGGCAUCUUUCUGCUGCCAGACCUGGGCUGGACUGGACCAGCGAGUCCAGCCAACAGCAGGAUUUAUUCUCACGUGCAUGGGGUGGGUGGGAAGUAUUACUUAUGCUAGUCCUUAUAGCUGAGCUUGCUAGCCUGUCCCUGGAGCAUCAGCCUCCCAGGGAGCUCUGGGCAUCACCCAGAGCCCAUGCUGUCUUUCUGGCCAAUGCACAAACCCCACUGACCUUCCUGAGGGCCAGAUCUUGGCCUGGACUUCCACCAGCCUCAGCACAGGGGGCUUUGGGUAGGGGCUUAGCAACAACCAGAAGUGGGCUGUAGGCAGCAUGUCCCCCUUCAGCAACCAGAUGGGGUGCUUUCCCCAUUCCUGCAGUUCCUAAGCCAGUCUUGCCUUUGCCACAGCCAGAGCCUCCUCUGUCCCCACAGCAAUAGCACAAAAAGCCCCUGUGGCUCCCUGGUGCGUGGCUGUGCCAUCACAGAGGUGAUGGGCUCACUGCAGGAGUGGGGCUUUGCACUGCCUUAGGAUUUGAGCCCUGCAUCACCCCACACCAGGCAGCUGGGAGGAUGCGCCUCCAUUUCCAAAUGAGUAAAAACAGGGACAUGCGAACAUGCAGAAGGUUUGAUUU